UGUGUUUUUUUCUUCAAGUGAAUUUACGAUGACGUAAGAAGGUUUGAGUACUUAUUCAUGCCUCAUGCCUCUGCAUAUACUCAGUCUUUAAUUUACAAUCUUAGGAUUGGGUUCACUCAGAUAUUUUUCUCUUGAUAUAUUAUCUACUACCUGUUAGAAUGUAAAAAUGGCAACAAAGUGAUUUGUAAAAGAAGAUCUGUUAAAUGUAAAAAUAUUCUCUCACAGAAGGGACUAAAGAGCUUUAUGACAAAAACUGCUCUGAGUGUAAAAUGUGCUCUAGGUAUUGCUCUAAGAGUACAAUGUACUCUAGGUCAGGAACUGCUCUAAGUGUAAAAUGUGCUAUAUGUCAGGAAUUGCUUUAAGAGUUAAAUAUGCUCUAUGGCUGGAGUGAUCUAAGAGUUAAGUGUGUUUGAAGAGAAGAUUGCUCUAAAAGUGCUCUAUGCCUGGAGUGAUGAGAGUUAAGAUUGUUCUAAAAGUACUCUAUGCCUGGAGUGAUGAGAGUUAAGAUUGCUCUAAAAGUGCUCUAUGCCUGGAGUGAAUAAGAGUUAAUAUUGCGUUAAAAGUGAUCUAAGAGUUAAGUUUGCUCUAAAAGUGUUCUAUGCCUGGAGUGAUCUGAGAGUUAAGAUUGCUCUAAAAUUGCUCUAUGCCUGGAGUGAUCUGAGAGUUAAGAUUGCUCUAAAAUUGCUCUAUGCCUUGAGUUAUCUGAGAGUUAAGUUUGCUCUAAAAGUGCUCUAUGCCUGGAGUGAUCUGAGAGUUAAGAUUGCUCUAAAAUUGCUCUAUGCCUUGAGUUAUCUAGGAGUUAAGAUUGUUCGAAAAGUGCUCUGUUUCUGGAGUGAUUUUAGAGUUAAGAUUGUUCUAAAAGUACUCUAUGCCUGAAGUGAUUUUAGAGUUAAGAUUGUUCUAAAAGUACUCUAUGCCUGAAGUGAUCUAAGAGUUAAGAUUGCUCGAAAAGUGCUCUAUGCUUGGAGUGUGCUCUAUGACAAAAUUGUUCUAAAAGUGCUAUUUGCUUGGAGUGUGCUCUAUGACAAAAUUGUUCUAAAAGUGUUCUAUGCUUGGAGCGUGCUCUAUGACAAGAUUGUUCUAAAAGUGCUCUAUGCUUGGAGUGUGCUCUAUGACAAGAUUGUUCUAAAACUGCUCUAUGCUUGGAGUGUGCUCUAUGACAAGAUUGUUCUAAAACUGCUCUAUGCUUGGAGUGUGCUCUAUGACAAGAUUGUUCUAAAAGUGCUUUUUGCUCGGAGUGUCCUCUAUGACAAGAUUGCUCUAAAAGUGCUCUAUGAUGCCGGUAUUGACUAAGACUAAUACACAGCUGUGAAACUUUAGUUUACAUACUAUAUACUAGUAUACAGUAGAUCAGGUGUAGAGCUAGUAUAGUUAAUAUACUCUUACACAGAUAUACACUUCAUACGUUCAUUUAGUCCCAUUGGGAUACAAAUAUCUACAUUUGAGCUCAGUGUGCUUCAAGCAACAUCUACAUUUGACCUUGUUGUGCUUUAAGAAACAUCCAGAUUUGGACUCAUUGUGCUACACUAAAACACGAAGAAACACUUAGAAAAGGGAAAUAAGUGAUAAAGGAAGAAAGAAAAUGGUAUUCGAAUCUGUAGUAAAAAAAUGCAGCAAAACUUAGAUAUUGUUUUGAACAGUUGUAAUUCACCGAUUCUAGUCAACGCUAGGAUACAUGAAACCAGUCGAGAAAUCAUGAUUACUAAUCAAGAUUUGAAGAAAAAUACUAGUCCGCCAUUGUUUCUACCACCCAGAGUCAUUAGAUCUAGGUCUGUGAUAAGAGAUACACCACCACCUAGACCACCUCAUCCAUCUCCUCCACCACCCCUUCCUCCCCAUCUAGCUCCGCGUUCUACCCCUCCUCCUCUACCCCCUCAUCCACAUCUAGUACCUGAUCCUUACUUCAAGUCCCAUCUUGUGAACAUACAGUCUUCUACUAGACUAGCCUGCAGGAUGGAGCACUGCAGAACAGCAGAACAUCAUCAGCAACAUCUUCAACAGAAUCAUCAAGACCAUCUUCAGCAGAAUCAUCAUGAUCGUCUGCAGCAGAGUCGUCCAGAUUCUAUUCUGAAGAAAACUUCACAAUAUGAUUCAACCAGUCUCAAUUCUUCAAGAUCAGGGUCAUCUGGUAUUGGUAGAUCCUCUGGUAGUAGAUCAACUAGUACAGAUAGAACCCGGAGGAGUAGACCAAAACACCAUCUACCACACUGCAAGCUGUACAAAUCCAUGGAUAAGAUUCAGAGCCAAAGAAACAAGGACCGCAUUAAAAUACAUGAUAUGCGAGGAGAUUAUGGUGUCAAAAUAUCACUUCCUGAAAACAGGAUUAAAAAGUUGGACCCAGUUCAGAUUAAACGUCCAACUAGUGUGGACCUUGGUGAGCUAGACAGGCAGACCCAUCCCUGGCUCUAUAUUGUCCCUGGUAAUAAGGUUCGACAACGGGAUUGUGAUGAACGACCAGAUGAGUUUAUAAGAGCAGGCAUAGGUGUUUGCUUUAAAGGUAGAACUUAA